UACGGUUCGAAAAAUAGCUCGGGUCUUCUUUCAAGAAUACAAAAAAGGAUAUUUUCUGCUGUUGAAUAAAUUUGAUAUUUCCUUUUUGUUGAUACAGUGCAACAUUGGGAGGGGGUUGUGAAAGGGCUAUAAAAGUGAAAUUUAUGGGUUUUACCUGGAUAUAUGGAAGUUUUUUUGCCCAAGCCUACCAUGGAAUACAUAGUGCUUCCUUCCUACGGAUUACAAGUUCUUCUUUUAGACACAAACGGAUUUACACAAAAUAAAAAAUAUACAAAAUUGGCAUUUUUAGAUUGUUAAGAAAUUAAAAAUAAAAUUUAGAAAUUUGUUGGUAUUUAAAAAAAAAUAUUGAAAAUCAUUUGUGACUCCAAGUUUGUGUUGCCAAGUAGUGGAAAGUGGAAAAGAAAGCCUUGCAAAGGGAAAUUAUUUCUAUCUGAAGAGUGUUGUGUAAUCUUUUUGCCUUUCGUGGUUUUAAAAUCAAGUGAGUGAUGUUAGUAAGUUUCUUGUUAGCGGAAUAUAUUUUUUUUGAGGAGGAUUAAAAUUUUAACUUGGUUUAACAGUAAAAAAAAAACUUCAAAAAUGAAUUUUUGUAAACGGUAACAGUUUUGUAAAUAAAUAAUUUAACUUGACUUCAUAAUUAUUAUAAACGUAUAAAAUGUCCCAACCGGGGAAACGCGUCGGUCGUGCCGGGGCCGCUGCUAAAAAAGCUACGGCAAGUAUAAAAAAGGAUACCGAUUCCACACCCGACGAUUCGGGUCCCAGUGAACGGGCCACACCAGCUAGUAAAACUGAAAGUGAACCUAAGGAUGAUACUUCAAGUAAUGGAGAUAAAAAAGAUGAUACACCACAGCCGAAGCCUCCGAGUGCGGGAGCUUCGAUUAGGGAGUCUGCAAAUAAGCUGUUGGCAUUAUCGAUGAAAAGCGAAUGGACUCCGGUUGAACAGGAAUUGAAGAAGCUGGAGAAGUACGUUGCCAAUGCUGGUGAAGAUGGCAAUCAUAUACCUUUGGCUGGAGUUCAUGAUCCGACAACCGGAAUGACACCUUUGAUGUUCGCAGUUAAGGAUAAUAAGACUCAAAUCAUCGAUCGGAUGAUAGAGUUAGGAGCCGAUGUUGGAGCCCGCAAUAACGACAAUUACAAUGUGCUUCACAUAGCGUCAAUGUACUCGCGGGAAGAUGUCGUUAAGCUUUUACUGACAAAAAGAGGUGUUGACCCAUUUGCUACUGGUGGGUCAAGAUCUCAAACCCCCGUCCAUUUGGUAGCAAGUCGACAGACAGGUACGGCAACAAGUAUUCUACGUUCCUUAUUGGCGGCAGCAGGAAAGGAUAUCCGAUUAAAAGCAGACGGGAGGGGAAAAAUUCCACUGCUACUAGCCGUGGAAGCUGGCAAUCAAUCAAUGUGCAGGGAGCUUCUAUCAGCACAAACGGCGGAACAAUUAAAGGCAACAACGCUGAAUGGAGAUUCGGCCUUGCAUUUGGCCGCUAGACGGCGAGACGUCGAUAUGGUACGAAUUUUAGUUGAUUACGGUACAAAUGUUGACACACAAAAUGGCGAGGGUCAGACGCCGCUUCAUAUUGCAGCGGCUGAAGGAGAUGAAGCUUUGCUGAAAUAUUUCUAUGGAGUUAGGGCAUCCGCUGCAAUUGCUGAUAACCAAGAUCGAACGCCAAUGCACUUGGCUGCCGAAAAUGGUCAUGCGCACAUCAUCGAAAUUCUUGCGGAUAAAUUUAAAGCGAGCAUCUUUGAACGAACCAAAGAUGGCAGCACCUUGAUGCAUAUUGCAUCACUCAACGGCCACGCCGAAUGCGCUACGAUGCUCUUUAAGAAGGGCGUUUAUCUGCAUAUGCCAAAUAAGAACGGUGCUCGAAGUAUACACACGGCCGCCAGAUAUGGUCAUACAGGUAUAAUAAAUACGCUCCUGCAAAAGGGCGAGAAGGUCGACGUUACAACAAAUGAAAACUACACAGCCCUUCAUAUAGCAGUUGAGUCAGCUAAGCCAGCAGUUGUUGAAACAUUGCUUGGCUUUGGAGCAGAUGUCCACGUCCGUGGAGGCAAAUUACGCGAAACACCCCUCCAUAUAGCGGCACGCGUUAAGGACGGUGAUCGUUGUGCCUUGAUGCUCCUCAAGUCCGGGGCUAGUCCCAAUUUAACUACCGAUGAUUGUCUGACGCCUGUUCAUGUAGCAGCGCGACACGGGAAUCUGGCAACGCUGAUGCAACUCCUCGAAGAUGGUGGCGAUCCGUUAUAUAAGUCCAACACCGGUGAAACACCAUUGCACAUGGCCUGUCGAAGCUGCCACCCGGAAAUAGUCCGGCAUCUCAUCGAGACGGUCAAAGAGAAACACGGCCCAGACAAAGCCACAACCUAUAUUAACUCACAGAAUGAGGAUGGGGCUACCGCCCUGCACUUUACAUGCCAAAUAACCACAGAUGAGGUUAAAAUUCCAGAGUCUGAUAAGGAAAUCGUACGAAUGCUCCUAGAAAACGGUGCCGAUGUCAAUAUUCAGACCAAAAACACCCUCGAAACCGCCUUCCAUUAUUGCGCCGUAGCCGGCAAUAAUGAUGUGCUUAUGGAAAUGGUUGCAAGAAUGAAUCAAACCGACAUUCAGAAAGCGAUGAAUCGCCAGUCUUCCGUCGGAUGGACCCCACUCCUCAUAGCUUGCAACCGGGGGCACAUGGAACUAGUCAAUAAUCUUUUAGCGAAUCAUGCCAGAGUCGAUGUUUUCGAUACGGAAGGUCGAUCUGCCCUGCACUUGGCUGCCGAACGAGGAUUCUUGCACGUGUGUGAUGCCUUGCUAACGAACAAGGCUUUUAUAAAUUCAAAGUCACGAGUUGGCCGGACGGCAUUGCAUUUGGCUGCCAUGAAUGGCUAUACACAUUUGGUGAAGUUCCUGAUCAAGGAUCACAACGCUGUCAUAGAUAUUCUAACGCUUCGCAAACAGACGCCUCUCCAUUUGGCUGCUGCCAGCGGGCAAAUGGAGGUUUGUCAGCUCCUCCUAGAAUUGGGAGCUAACAUCGAUGCGACAGACGACUUGGGCCAGAAGCCCAUUCAUGUGGCGGCACAAAACAACUACUCUGAAGUGGCCAAACUAUUUCUGCAGCAACAUCCGAGUCUGGUGAAUGCUACAAGUAAGGAUGGCAACACUUGUGCGCACAUAGCUGCGAUGCAGGGAUCGGUGAAGGUGAUUGAGGAACUCAUGAAAUUCGAUAGAUCUGGCGUGAUUUCGGCUAGAAACAAAUUGACUGAUGCCACUCCCCUGCAGUUGGCAGCUGAGGGCGGUCAUGCGGACGUCGUUAAGGCAUUAGUGCGGGCCGGGGCCUCAUGCACCGAUGAGAAUAAGGCAGGAUUCACGGCUGUGCAUUUGGCCGCCCAGAAUGGGCACGGUCAGGUGUUGGACGCCCUGAAGGGUACGAACUCUUUGAGGAUUACCAGCAAGAAAUUGGGACUGACACCGUUGCAUGUGGCUGCAUAUUACGGACAAGCGGACACUGUUCGUGAGCUGUUGAUCAGUGUUCCGGCGACGGUGAAAUCCGAGCCGCCGACGGGCCAAAGUUUGUUCGGCGAUUUGGGUGCAGAGUCCGGAAUGACGCCGUUGCAUUUGGCGUCAUUCUCAGGGAACGAAAAUGUUGUGCGCUUGCUGUUGAAUUCGGCCGGAGUGCAAGUUGAUGCGGCGACCACAGAAAAUGGCUAUAAUCCGCUCCAUUUAGCAUGCUUCGGUGGUCACAUGUCAGUGGUUGGUUUGCUUCUGAGUCGCUCGGCAGAACUCCUCCAAUCAGUGGACCGACACGGAAAAACUGGCCUGCACAUUGCCGCAAUGCACGGUCACAUACAGAUGGUGGAGAUUCUGCUGGGUCAGGGCGCUGAAAUAAAUGCAACCGACAGGAAUGGUUGGACGCCACUGCAUUGUGCUGCCAAAGCCGGGUAUUUGGAAGUCGUCAAAUUGCUGUGCGAAGCUGGGGCAUCGCCCAAAUCGGAGACAAACUACGGAUGCGCGGCGAUUUGGUUUGCUGCUUCCGAGGGACAUAACGAUGUUUUGAGGUACUUGAUGAAUAAGGAACACGAUACUUAUGGACUGAUGGAGGACAAACGAUUCGUGUAUAACUUGAUGGUCGUUUCAAAGAAUCACAAUAGUAAACCGAUUCAGGAAUUUGUGUUGGUCUCACCAGCGCCAGUAGAUACAGCUGCCAAAUUAUCGAAUAUUUAUAUCAAUUUGUCAACAAAGGAAAAAGAACGAGCGAAGGAUCUGGUUGCAGCUGGCAAGCAGUGCGAAGCUAUGGCAACAGAACUGCUAGCUUUGGCAGCUGGUUCCGAUUCAGCUGGGAAGAUUCUUCAAGCAACCGACAAACGAAAUGUGGAAUUCCUUGAUGUUCUCAUUGAAAACGAACAAAAGGAAGUGAUAGCUCACACCGUUGUCCAAAGGUACCUUCAGGAACUCUGGAGAGGAAGUCUCACAUGGGCGUCGUGGAAACUUCUUCUGCUGCUAGUUGCCUUCAUAGUGUGCCCGCCCGUGUGGAUAGGAUUCACCUUCCCCAUGGGCCACAAAUUCAAUAAAGUCCCCAUCAUAAAAUUCAUGUCUUACCUCACGUCCCACAUCUAUCUCAUGCUGCAUCUUUCCAUCGUCGGCAUAACACCGCUCUACCCGGUGCUGCGGCUGAGCCUGGUCCCCUACUGGUACGAAAUCGGACUGCUCAUUUGGUUGAGUGGUCUUCUUUUGUUCGAGCUGACAAAUCCAUCAGACAAGUCCGGAUUGGGAUCCAUCAAACUGCUUGUCCUCCUGCUGGGCAUGGCUGGAGUGGGUGUGCACGUCACCGCCUUCAUAUUCAUCUCAAAGGAGUACUGGCCCACCCUGGUCUACUGUCGAAAUCAAUGCUUUGCGUUGGCGUUUCUCCUGGCGUGUGUACAGAUCCUCGACUUCUUAUCGUUUCAUCAUCUCUUCGGGCCCUGGGCUAUCAUCAUCGGAGAUCUCCUCAAGGAUUUGGCUAGAUUUUUGGCCGUGCUGGCGAUCUUCGUCUUCGGCUUCUCAAUGCACAUCGUGGCCCUGAAUCAGUCUUUUGCGAAUUGGACGCAGGAGGACAUACGAAACUUCGAGAAGAAGAACCGUAACAAACCCUACUUCAAUGACGCUGCAACGAAGCCAGUUUCGCUUCCGACCCGUUCACCCGAUAGCCGGUACGAUAGUCGAAGCCUUAACAGUGACUUUAGGCGCAAGCACAAGGAUGAUAGACCAAUGACGCCAUUUCUGGCCUUCGAGCGGCUCUUCUUUGCCGUUUUUGGACAAACAACAACCGUGGAUAUCAACCCGAUGCGUCACUUGCGUCCCGAAUGGACCGAGGUCCUUUUUAAGCUGGUCUUCGGUGUCUACUUGCUAGUGUCUGUAGUUGUCCUCAUAAAUUUGCUCAUUGCCAUGAUGUCGGAUACUUAUCAACGCAUUCAGGCUCAAUCUGAUAUCGAAUGGAAAUUCGGUCUAUCGAAGCUUAUUCGCAACAUGCAUCGCACUACAACAGCUCCAUCCCCGCUUAACCUAGUUACCACCUGGUUCAUGUGGAUCGUCGAGAAGGUCAAGGUAAAAUAUCAAGCACGCAUGAAGAAGAAGAAGCGUCCAAGUCUGGUUCAGAUGAUGGGAAUACGACAGGCUAGCCCGCGGACAAAGGCCGGCGCCAAAUGGCUGUCGAAGAUCAAGAAAGGUAGGAAAUAUUCUGUGGCGCUAUCGGUGGUUCAUCUGUCACCUUUGGGAUCUCAAGCCAGUUUCUCGGCUGCUAACCAGAACCGAAUUGAAAAUGUCGCCGAUUGGGAAGCUAUCGCGAAGAAAUAUCGUUCUCUGGUCGGCGAUGAGGAUGGCGGUUCGAUGAAGGAUUCGGAUGCUGAGAGUUCGUCGGUUAAUGAGACCGGAGGGCCACCUCCAGGCGCUCCGGCACAGGUGGGCAAUAAUGUUCAAGCGAAUGCAAUCGGAGGCCAGCAACAUGUUUAAAAAUUCUCACACAUGUAUUUUUUUCAGGUCUAAUAAUUAAAUUAACUAAGUUGAGUGUAAAAUAUUUCAUAUAAAAUAUAAUUGUAAUUUUUAAGUGCAACUUCCAUAAACAAUUUUUUU